AAACGUGUGUUUAAUUAAUAUUAUAUUAUUAAUUUUUUUUUUUGGUCCAUGCAUGCAUAUAUAUGUGAUUAUAUAUAUUUGUACAUUUCAUGCAUAAUAAUUAAAUUUAAAGUAGAAGCUAGAGACAUUUUAGAAAUGGAAGAAAUUAAAACAAUGUAUGUAUACAUAUGCUGUAUCAUCAUUUUCUUGUGUUUUUUCUUCAAAAUUAGCAAUAAUAAUAAUAAUAAUAAUAAGAAAAAUGAACCGCCAUCACCACCUUCAUACCCAAUCAUAGGCCACCUCCAUCUCCUAAGCAAACAACCACUAGUCCACCGAGCAUUACACAAUCUCUCAACCAAAUACGGCGACGUUUUCUCUCUACGGUUCGGAUCACGCCACGUGGUGAUCGUAUCAUCUCCAUCGGCCGUACAAGAAUGUUUCACCAAAAACGACAUCGUUUUAGCCAACCGUCCACCUCUUAUCCUGAACAAACACAUAGGCUACAACUACACAGCCAUUCUCACAUCCCCUUACGGCGACCACUGGCGGAACCUCCGCCGAAUAGCGGUGGUCGAGAUCUUAUCCUCCGCCCGUCUCAACCUCUCAGUCAACAUCCGCGACGAUGAAAUUAAGCGGCUCCUUCGCAAACUCAACCGAGUUGAUGAGUUUGGAAGAAGAGUCGAGCUGAGGUCAAAGUUAAGUGAGCUCAGUUUCAACAUCAUGAUGAGAAUGAUGGCUGGAAAGAGGUAUUACGGCGAUGAUGUUACCGACGAAGACGAAGCUCCCCGGUUUAGGGAGAUUUUUAAAGAGAUUAAUCAGGUGGCCGAAGCUGACAAUCCCGCCGAUUUCUUGCCCUUUUUGAAUUGGAUUCCGAUCAUCGGUAACUACGAGAAGAGAGUUGAGAGGAUCGCCAAGAAGGCUGAUUUGUUUUUACAGGCUUUAAUCGAUCAGCGCCGGAACCCUAAUUAUAACCCUAAUCCUCUUCAUCAGAAUACUGUCAUUGAUCAUUUACUGUCUUUGCAGCAAUCUCAAUCACAAUAUUACACUGAUCAGAUUAUCAAAGGCUUCGUAUUGAUAUUACUGAUUGCGGGAACCGAAAUAUCUGUAACAUUAGAAUGGGCAAUGGCGAAUUUAUUAAAUCAUCCUCGUAUUUUACAAAAAGCAAGAGAAGAACUCGAUUCUAAAAUUGGUCAACAACAAUGGUUGGAAGAAUCGGAUCUCUCAAAACUACCAUACCUUCAAAAUAUCAUAUCUGAAACUUUACGAUUAUAUCCAGUAGCUCCACUCCUCAUACCACAUUAUUCAUCUAGUGAUUGCACUAUUAGUGGAUUUGAUGUGCCACGUAACACAAUGGUACUUGUGAAUGCAUGGGCCAUACAAAGAGAUCCUAAAUUAUGGGAAGAUGCCGAGAGUUUCAAGCCAGAGAGGUUCGAAAAUAAUAAUAUCAAAAAUGAAGCUUAUAAAUUCAUGCCUUUUGGAUUCGGGAGACGGGCUUGUCCAGGUGUUGGACUAGUCGAACGUGUUCUUGGAUGGACAAUAGGAUCAUUGAUUCAGUGCUUUGAAUGGGAGAGAAUUAGUAAAGAAAAAAUUGACAUGGCUGAAGCUAACGGACUUACUAUGACUAAAGUUGUGCCCUUAGAGGCCAUGUGUAAACCAUGCCCCAUCAUGGAUUUUCUCCUCUUACAAUCCACUGAUGAUUGAGACCAUAAUAAUCUUGUGGCGACUUAUUCCUCUUUUGGGGUAGUGAUUCAUGAAGACAUGAUCUCCGGGCUACAAGUGAACUUUUAUUUUUAUUAUUAUUGAUGAAGUUGUUUAUUGUCUUAAAGUUGUUAAUGUUGUUGCUCAUUCUCUUGCUAAAAUGAUUGACUUUUGUUUGUA